UAAAUAAACGAGAGCAGAGGAGUUUGCCCGUGAUGGUUUACGUCCACGGGGAAUCCUACGAAUGGAAUGGCGGAAACCCUUACGACGGAUCCGUCCUGGCAGCGGUUGGCCAAAUAAUAGUCGUCACGGUUAAUUUCAGACUGGGGAUAUUAGGUUUCUUAAAUACGAACGAAAGCCCGUACCAGCGAGCGAUAACAAACUACGGUCUCAUGGACCAGAUAGCAGCGUUACACUGGUUAAAGGAAAACAUAGCAGAGUUCGGCGGCGAUCCGGACAAUGUCACUAUAUUUGGCCACGGGACCGGAGCUGCUUGCAUCAACUUCCUCAUGACGUCGAAGGCCGUGCCGAAAACUCCGAAACUCUUCCACCGAGCGAUCCUAAUGAGUGGCUCGUCCCUGGCACCUUGGGCCCUUGUCAACGACCCAAUGAAAUACACGCGCCAGAUCGCCCAGGCUCUCAACUGCUCUCACACCCCUCUGGGGGACGAACUCAAGACGUGUCUCAGGGGAAAGAAUCUGCACCACAUCAUGCAAGCUCAAGUGGAGGUGCCUGAAUACUACUACGCGUUCGGACCGACUGUGGACGGGGUCGUCAUCGACACGGACUACGACACCGACCGCCAGUCGUACAUCGGACGACUCGCGAGUUACGACCUCAUCUUCGGAGUGACCCCCUUCGACGCCUUCUUCUCCUUGAACGACGAAGACGUUAAGUUCGGACUCGAGAAGAACAAGAGGGAUCAGAUCCUGAGAACCUUCAUAAGAAAUACGUACAACUACCACCUGAUGGAGAUCAUGAUGACUGUGAUCAACGAGUACACGGACUGGGAGCGCCCCGUCAGACACCCCAUCAGUACGAGAGACGAGACACUGGCCCUCCUGUCGGAUGCCCUUUACGCUGCCCCUGUUUUGAACACGGGCAACCUGCACGCUCUGGCCUCGCCCAACACCUUCCUGUACGUCUUCGACCAUCACACCAAAAAUGGGGACUAUCAGAACCGAGUUGGAUGCGUCCACGGAGAGGAGCUGCCGUACAUUUGGGGAGCCCCCUUAGUAACACACCUGGGUCACUUUCCCAACAACUUCACACAGGCUGAGGUCAAGCUCUCGGAGGCCAUGCUCAGAUAUUGGACGAACUUUGCAAGAGCUGGAAAUCCCAACGACCCGGCGGUGAUUUCGCCAGAUGGCCGGGUUCCUGAGAAGAACCGCGUUCAGACGCAGGAAUGGCCCCCUUACGACGGAAUGCACCGAAGGUAUCUGGAUAUAGACGUCAAGCGACGCGUCAAGAACCACUACAGAUCACACCAGUUGAGCUUUUGGCUUGAGCUCGUACCCCAGCUCCACAGGGCAGGAAAGGAUGCCCCACCGGACCACCAUCGUUUGUCCAACCAUAAUGACUGGGAUUCCUACAGGGGAUACGUUCGGUCCGAACCUGUAACAAGAGUUAUACUUCCUCCCGAAACCACGACCGAAGCCACGACAACUCAUCAGUACAAUGUGUCGGCAGUCUUGCAAUCAACACCAGCAAGUGCUGAUGGCAGCAACGGCACCGGGCCAAGACAGCACGCCUCCCUCAGCGAUGGAUUUGCAGCCUAUUCGACGGCUCUCUCAGUCACUAUUGCCAUUGGAUGUUCUCUCCUUAUCCUGAAUGUCUUGAUCUUUGCUGGUGUUUAUUACCAGAGAGAUAAAUCUCGCAUGGAAGCCAAAAAGGUGGCUGAGAACGGAGGCCUCUUGGCACCUGCGCAUAGCAUUAGUGGCGAUGUCCACACCCCAUCCACCCCAAGUCUUUCUGUGAAAGCUGAGGUAGCUGCCCGUAUGGGGUCGGCGGGAAUGAAAGCUCCGCCACCCACACCAAUGAGUCAGGCAACACACCUGCCUCCUCCUGAAUUUGCCGACUGCCCCACUCAAAUCCCUCACUAUGGCACUGCCCAUGGCGUGUCUCAUCUGCACACUCUUCCUCGUGGAGGACUGAGCAAGGCCGUACAUUGCGAGAUGCAGAAGGAGUGUCAUGAAGGAGGAAGUCUUACUCUUUCCGUGCCAAGAGCACCUCCUCCUCCACGGAUACCAAGCCAAGGUUCAGAGUCUCAGCCAUUACUUAAGCAGACGUCCUUCACCCUCUCCUCUCCCCAUACCUCUACCUCCUCCAAGAGCCCAACCAAGGACCCUAGUAUGGGGGAACUGCGAGUAUAGCGACCCUAAAAUCAUAUCUAGAAUAGCUUUUCUCCCGGUCUACCCUCCGUACCCUAUGGCACUCCUGUUCCUUUGUCAGAAAGCUAUUUUAGAGAGUUGCACAACCUUAGAUUUCUUUAGCAUUCAACUUCCAAAAACCAAAAUUCUGGCAAAUUACAACUACAGGUUGUGGACAUGAAAAGACAUAACGGAUACUGGGAUUACUAACAUAAGUGAUACCAUCGUGUAAAAGUAGACUCAAUCCGGGCACCACCCAAAAGAUAAAAGGUCAGUCAAAUAUGUAUAUGUGGGUGACCUAUGGCCUCUGAUGCCCUAGACUCUCUUCUUGCAGUCGAUGCUUCUCUUGAACAUCAUAAAAGCGACUGCAGUCUUUGAGUGUCCACAGCUUUAAUGCGAAUUAUUUUUAAAUGAAUAAAUCCCCACGAUGCUUCGGCUCCUUCUGUGAUGGUGUCACUGGAGACAAUACAUUAGUCGUUUUAGGCUCAUACUUUCCACCCUCAGUGCAUUGUGGUACUACUUAAUGCUCAAGAUGUAUAAUAAAAGACUAUAAAAAUGGGACUACUUCAAGUAGUCUUGUUGAAGGCCUAAGAAAGAUGCUUUUCUUAUUGACUCUUACAACAAACUUUAAUAUCAAAGCUUCGUGGUGAUUUUUUUCCUAACCUGACAAUCCUCAUCCCAGAGAAGGUUUCUUCGGACGAGAGGAAGCGAUUCCUUUUUGGUGGAAAAAACAUGUAAACAGAAACAACAGAAGCUUUCCAGUGUGUGAGGUCUGGGUUCCAGACUGGUAGAUAGGAAGAUAUGUAUUUAUUUUUUACAAGUGUAUUUUACAAUCGGAUUCACUCGUAUGUCAGUGAAACAUCUGACAGAAAAUGGACAUUUGAGUGGAUCGACCCCUAAACAAAAUCCAAGAAUCCAGGAGACUGUAGGGAAACCCUGGCAGAUUUGUAAAGUGAUAUAUUUGAAUAAGUCUUAAGUUACAUGAAGUGUUUCAGUGGUACUGUAUUCUACAGUUCUGUGAGAGAGGACCCACUUGGGGAACUAUAGAUGUCCAAAGGAUCUAUAGAUGUUUAUAAAGACUUUUUAGCUGUGCAGGUCAGUCCUAAUCCUAAUUAUAUUAUCGAGGAAGAAUGAGAGAAAAUGUGCUUUUUAGGUAUUUCAAAAUAUUUAUAUUGUUACUUACGUUGAAAGUAUGUAUGAAGUAGAGUAUAUGUCAGACGGGCGAGAAUCUUUGUAUAUAAAGUAUGCAAAGCACUGAUUUGAGCUUCUGUGUAGAUUCUGCGGCCGUUGUGGAAGCUGAGAUCAUUUUUACUUGUCUCAUGAUUAUUGUACAAUAGAUUCAUACUGGUUCAUAACAGACAUUCAUUACUUUUUGCUUUCGCUUUUGUACCCAUAUACCUUCACUCCAUUUUCUCCUUUCAUUGGUGCCAAUCAAAAGCUUCUUUCAUUAUAAUUGUUCAAUGUACGGUCACUUCAUACUAAUGGGUUUUUUUUGCAUUAAGGACAGGAAACAGAAACGUAACAGGAUUGAUUAAUCACUCAAUGACAUGAUGGCAAUCACGAGGAAGGUGACACUACACAGUAUGUUUGUACCUGGAAGAUAUGACAUAAGUAAUCAUCAGGUCUUACUUAGGUUAAUGUUUCCAAUUCAAUUGAUUUUUUUCUAUUCUGUUCAGGUUUUCUCUUUUUGAACUUCUGGUGGCUUUUAACUAACCAAACUCUGGAAAAUUUGAAGCAAUGAGAGCAGCAAAGAUGGAGUUUAUCUCUGAAAUUAGGAAAUACUGUUUUUUUUUAGUUUUGAUGUAAAGUUCACAUUGAAAUAUUUCUUCCAGAACUGAAUUAUGCUUGUUUAGUUAAGUAUUUGAAAUACCUCAUUCAUUUAUUCAUUUUUAGUGGAAUUACAAGGUUUGUUAGAACCAAAAAUCUGAAUAUCUGUUACACAUUGGAUGUCACGAGAUAGGUUUCAAUAUUCUUUAGUUAAUUUUAUUCAUGAAACCUACUCUUUAUACUCAACUAUUAGUCAUUUUUCUUAAAUGAAAAUUUUAGUAAUUGUUCCUUAUAUGGUAUAGUUUAUUGUUUGAGACUUUCAUUGCUUGCUGUUUUCAAAAAUGGUUUCAUAUCUUAGGGAGGCAGGAAGUUAGGUAUAAGCUUCAGUCACUUUCCUCUUCCUAUGGUAAGACUCAUAAGAUGGAUUUGCAAAAUGUUUUAUUUAUAUAUUUUCUUUAAACGUCUUUUAAGUAAACACGUAACUGAAUGGGACAGGUAAUAAUAUAGUAUAUCUCAUGUCCGUUGCAUUAGGGAGGUUUAUUUUGACCGUUGUAUUCCGAACGUUGUCAGUUACAGUAUUUCAUGAAGAGUAAGUCUGAGCUGGAAAUAUAUAAAAAAAAAAGUUUUGCGAAAUUGAAAUAUAAAAUAAUAAAUGAAAAUAUUUUUCUCUCCGUAUUUCUUGAAUUUGAUUCAAAAGCGAAGUCACUGCGUCUAUGACCACUUUUAUUUUAUAGACUAGAUACAUCUGAAAAAAGUAUUUGAAAAAAAUGCUUUUUAAAUGGUACUGGAUAAGUCAUAUUUUUAUCUGACUGAAUAUAAAGUAAUCAUUCAGACAUGAUUUCAUUAUUUCCACAUUAUAAACAUUGGUAAAAUCUCAUUUUUUUAUAUGCACGUAUUAUAUUUUCACAACAUUAGACUAUGUCUCAAAAUUGGAUUUCAUGAAAAAAAGAACACGGGAACAUUGCCAUGUUCAUAUUUUAGCUGCUGAGUUGUAGUUAAAUAUCUUGUGCAAAAAAAACUUCCAAACACCUUCUCGCCUUAGGAUGGGACUCUCCAGAAGGUGUCAGCCUAGACUUUCAGUACUCUCUCUCUCUCUCUCUCUCUCUCUCUCUCUCUCUCUCUCUCUCUCUCUCUCUCUCUCUCUCUCUGUACACAC